AAGCUUUUGAUUUCGCCGGCUACCAUCUUAACUCCGAACCGCCGAAAGCUUUAAGCCGAGAGCUUCUUCUUCCUCCUCUUCUUCCUCAACCUUAAACCCUGCACUGCAUAAACCCUAGACUUAGUGAAUCAAUGGCCAAGCUAUCCGUCCGUAGCUCAAGCAACAAUGAUAAAAAGGGCAAGAAGAAGAAGAAGAAGAGUUCCGGUCCGAAAGCUUUGACGAUGAAGGUCAGCGCUCCGAAGGCGAAUCCAUUCGAAAGCAUUUGGUCUCACAGGAAAUUUGAUGUCCUUGGGAAGAAACGUAAGGGUGAAGAGCGUCGUAUUGGCCUUGCUCGUUCCCUCGCCAUUGAAAAGAGGAAAAAGACGCUAUUGAAGGAGUACGAACGAAGUCGGAAGUCUACGGAAUUUUCUGAUAAGCGAAUUGGGGAAUGGGACGAAGAGCUUGGGGAGUUUGAUAAGGCUAUUUUACGUUCGCAGCGGGAACUGAAGCGAAAACUGCAUAAGAGCAGCAAAUUUAACUUAUCUGAUGGAGAAGAAGACGAUUAUUUUGGAACCCAAAAUCUUGGUGCGUUACCUGCAAACGACGAUUUUGAGGACGAAAUAAUACCGGAUGACGAUGACGAUGAGGCAGCUGCUGCUGAAACCAAUAAAGGGGCUUAUCGUGACACACAACAACAAGGUCGUCUUUUAGAAGGAGAGGACAUUAAACGCAAAAGCAAGAAGGAAGUUAUGGAAGAGGUUAUUGCAAAGAGCAAAUUUUUUAAGGCACAAAAAGCAAAGGAUAAGGAAGAAAAUGAACAACUAGUUGAAGAAUUGGACAAAAAGUUUGAGUCGUUGGUCCAGUCUGAGGCAUUGUUAUCUCUCACUGGUUCUGGUAACUCUAAUGCCUUGAAGGCUCUUGUUCAAAAGAGUGUUUCAAACGAGCAUUUAAAGAAGGAUAAUUUGCCUGCUGCUGGAAGGACUGAAAAUUUUAAUCAGGAAAAACCUGAUGCUUUUGACAGACUUGUUAAAGAGAUGGCAAUGGAAAUUCGUGCACGCCCCUCCGACAGGACAAAGUCACCUGAAGAAAUUGCCCAGGAGGAGAGAGAGCGUCUUGAGCUCUUAGAGGAGGAAAGACAGAAAAGGAUGCUUGCACCAGAUAAUUCUAGUGACGAAGAAGAUGAUGCUGAAAAUGCAUUUGUAGGGAAACAGAAAUAUAUCUCUGGAGAUGAUCUUGGUGAUUCAUUUACACUUGAUGAUGAGCACAAUCAUAAGAAGGGUUGGGUCGAUGAGAUUCUUGGAAGAAAGGAUGCUGAUGGCACUGAAAGUGAAGGUGAUGAUUCUGCAGAAGAUUCUGACGGUAGUCAAGAUGAUGAGGAUGGGGAUUCUGAUGAUGAAUCCGAGGAAGAUGAUAGCAGUCAUGGAGUAAAACAUUCUUUGAAGGAUUGGGAACAGAGUGAUGAUGACAUUCUUGACACUAAAUCAGAGGAUGAUGAAGAAGCAAGUGAAGGUGGAAAAGAGCAAGAUGAAGUUCAUCCUAAAGGGAUAGUGGAUCACGAUGGCCCUAAAAAGGCACACAAGAGCUCCAUUGCUAAAAGCAGUAAAGACGAUGGAAUCUCUGAAGAUACGAAGAAAUUAAAAAAGGAUACAAAGCAUCAAAGUAAACCUGAACUUCCUUAUAUAAUUGAUGCACCAGAGAGUUUUGACCAAUUUUUGUCGUUAUUGGCCAAUUGUUCAAAUAGCGAUAUAAUCUUAAUCAUUGGUCGAAUUCGAGCAAGUAAUGCUAUCCAGUUAACAGAAAAAAAUCUGGAAAAAAUGCAGAGAUUCUAUGGUAUACUUUUGCAAUAUUUUGCCGUCUCGGCAAAUAAGAAGCCGUUGAAUGUGGAACUACUCAAUUUGCUUUUCAAGCCAUUGAUGGAAAUGAGUAUGGAGAUCCCUUUCUAUGCUGCAACAUGUGCUAGGAUGAGGAUAUCCCGCACUCAUCAACACUUUUGUGCUCAGAAUAAGAGUCCAGAGAUUAGCUCGUGGCCUUCUUCCAAGACUCUGAUCCUCUUGAGGCUGUGGACAAUGAUCUUUCCUUGCUCUGACUACAAUCAUGUGGUCAUUACACCAACAAUAUUGUUGAUGUGUGAAUAUUUGAUGCGUUGCCCCAUUGUAACGUGUCGGGAUAUUGCAAUAGGGGCUUUCUUAUGUUCUCUGCUGCUCUAUGUCGCCAGACAAUCGUCGAAGUUCUGUCCUGAAGCAAUAAACUUUCUCAGGACUUUGUUGGCCGCAGCUGUUAGUAGUUCAUCAUCCCCUCAAAACUCUCAGCAGAUAUGUCAUCUAGUGGAUCCGCAAGCACUUGGAAAGUUGCUGCAUAUACAGAAUCCUACAAACGAAAUUACCCCCCUAAACUUCUUCUUCAUUAUGGACUUGACUGAAGAUUCUUUGGUUUUUAGCUCCGACAAUUUCAGGGCCGGGUUGCUGUCAACAGUUACCGAAACUCUUGAUGGAUUUGUUAAUAUAUAUGGUCAAUUGAAAUCCUUCCCCGAAAUCUUCUUGCCAAUAUCGACUAUUUUACAUGAAUUGGCAAAGCAAGAGAACAUGCCUGAUGUAUUACAAAAUAAAUUCAGAAAAGUAGCUGAAGCGAUCGAAGCCAAAGCAGAGGAGCAUUAUAUGGGGCGACAACCUCUUAGAAUGAGGAAGCAAAAGGCCGUCCCCAUCAAAUUACUCAAUCCAAAAUUUGAGGAGAACUUUGUUAGGGGCAGAGAUUACGAUCCAGAUAGGGAACGAGCUGAAAGAAGAAAGAUGCAGAAACUUUUAAAACGCGAAACUAAAGGAGCAGCCCGUGAACUACGCAAGGAUAACCAUUUCUUGUCGGAAGUGAAGGCGAGAGAUAAGGCUAGGGAGGAUGAAGAAAGGGCAGAAAAGUAUAAGAAAGCAAGAACUUUCCUUGAAGCGCAAGAACACGCUUUCAAAUCUGGACAGUUGGGAAACGGAAGAAAGAGAAGGAAAUGAAAUUUGUGAACCUAAUGUCAAGUUGAUUUGUGUUUCAUGGUCUCCAAGAGGAAGCAACUAAUUUUGAUAUGAUCACAAUGAAACUGAACCAACCACGGACAAGAAAGCCAGCCACAACUCGAUUCGAUCGUAUGCGCUCUUGUCUCUAGUGAACCAGUAGAAAAUUUUUGGUAGGAGCUAAUAUUCAUGUUUCUUUAUUGUAUUUGUUUCUCAUCUACUUCAUUGAUUAGGUCCAUAAGUAGCAAUGCCUUUCCGUGUUUUGGGUUGUUUUUUGAUUGUAGCUUCGUCUCUCAUCCCUCAUAAGAUAGGACGAGAUCAGGGAAAUCCAGAUGAUAAAUGAAUAUAUAUAUAUAUAUAUAUAUUAUUCUAUAGAGUGCAAUUAUAA